GAUGGCCAGGCUGUUUAUCCAUUUAAACUCUCAGGAUGAAUCAUGAUGUUACAGCUCAUCCCUUUGUCUGAAAUGGAUCCUCUCCGACUCCUGCAUACGUGGUUAUCUACAGUCACAGAUGUGCUGUUUGUGUUCAGGAGAAGCAUAGUAGCAUCCCUCUCAGAGGAGCAUUGCAGCGAGAGCUCCAGUGAAAGUGAGGAGGAAGAGGAGCAGACAGAGCGACGUCCUGACACCAGCACUGAACUGCAGUCUGAAUACUGGCAGGUCCAGAAACUCGUGAAGUACCUCAAGGCAGCCGACCAGACAGCCACUGUGCUUGUUCUCUGCGCCAUGAUGGAUCUUGAUCUAAUGAAGGAGGUCAUCCAACUGGCCAUCCUGGACUUAGGUGGGCUGGAGCUCCUCCUUAACUUGCUGGAUACUACAGACAUCAGAAGCAAAAUUGGAUCUUUAAAAAUCCUGGCAAAGAUCAGCCAGAACGUUAUCAUCCGACAGACCAUUGUAAACAUGAGAGGCCUGCAGAGGAUGGUGAACAACCUGGACUUACCAGUGAAGGAGCUGCAGGCCUUGGCCUCUGAGACCAUUGCACAUGUGGCUAAGUUCAGAAGAGCAAGAAGAACGGUGAGGAUACAUGGAGGAAUCAGAAAACUGGUGAAGAUGCUGGACUGCUUCCCUUACUCGGCAAAACCGGGAGAAGACAUGGAGAAGAAUUUGGAGGUGGCCCGCUGUGGAGCCUCGGCUUUGUGGAGCCUCAGCAAAAGUAGCAAGAACAAGGAGGCCAUUCGUAAAGCUGGGGGGAUCCCUCUGCUGGGACUCCUGCUCAGGUCUCCAUAUGAGAAAAUUGCAAUCCCUGUUGUGGGAACCCUACAGGAAUGUGCCUCACAGAAAAAUUACAGGGUUGCUAUUCAAAAUGAAGGAAUGGUGAAGGACUUGGUGAAAAACCUGAGCAGUGACAAUGAGGAGCUCCAGAUGCUUUGUGCCAGUGCAAUCUUUAAGUGUGCAGAGGACAAACUGACCCGGGAUCUGGUCCGCAGCCACCACGGCCUGCAGCCUCUGGUGUCACUGCUCUCUAAAGCAGAGAACAAGCAGCUCCUGGCUGCUGCCACCGGGGCCAUUUGGAAGUGUUCAAUCAGCAUGGAGAACGUAGCUAUCUUCCAGGAGUACAAAGCUCUGCACAUGCUGAUUGGUCUGCUGACUGAUCAGCCUGAAGAGGUCCUGGUCAAUGUAGUGGGAGCUCUGGGACAGUUUGCUCAGAUCCAAGCUAACAAGGCCGCCAUCUGCAAUGGUGGGGGCAUAAGGGCUCUCAUUAAUCUGCUCAAUGGAACAAACCAGGCUCUGCUUGUAAAUGUAGCAAAGGCUGUGGGAGCUUGUGCCACAGAAAGGGACAACGUGGCAAUCAUUGACCAGCUUGAUGGAGUCCGCCUGGUUUGGUCACUACUAAAGAAUCCCAAUGCAGAAGUUCAGGCUAGUGCUGCAUGGGCCAUUUGUCCGUGCAUCGAGAAUGCAAAGGACGCCGGGGAAAUGGUUCUCUUCCUGAUCGGUGGACUGAAGCUGAUCAUUCAGUUACUGAAGUCACCAAGCAACAAGGUGCUGACAAGCAUUUGUGCCAUCAUUGCCAAGCUAGCCAAAGACAAGGAGAUCCUGGGCGUCCUCUCUGAUCGCGGGGUUGUCCCCCUGCUGGCCGGGCUGACUAACACAACUGAUGACAGACUCCGCUGCCACCUGGCCGAGGCCAUCGGCCACUGCUGCAUGUGGAGCUCCAAUAGGGCAUGCUUUGGUGACCAUGGAGCCGUUGGCCCUCUGGUUUAUUACCUGGAGUCGAACGACAAUUUGCUCCUCCUUAACACAACCAUGGCCCUGUACCAACUGUCCAAAGACCCCAACAACAUCAUCACCAUGCAUGAGGAAGGAGUCGUUGAGCCACUGGUCAAGCUCAUAGCUUCUGGUACCGACGAGAUCCAGGAGUUUGCUGCUGGAUGUGUGCGCAACAUCCGUCUGCUGGUGUUGGCCAAUCAGAGGGCUGUUUAUUGAAACGAGAGCAGCUGAUCUCAGCUGAAGCCCUGGAAAUCCACCAGAGACUGUUUGAAAGGUAUGAGGGUGGCGAGCAGGACGUGAUGAGUCUAGAUGGCCCAAAUGUCGGGAAUCAACAAUGGACAUGAUGCAGAUAAAAAAGUGAAUACAGUAAAUGACUUUUUGAAAGAAUUAUUUGGAAUCUUGUCAAGUUCAUCUGAGCAAAAUCAACAUUACUGACCUUAUCAUGUGUCCCUUAGAAAGCUAACUACAGACUGUUUUGAAGGGGAAAUAUGAUGUAAAAUCGACUUUUCUGAGCUUCAUGUUAUGUUAUUUCCUUAUCAAAGUGUUGCCUUGAUUCUUUCAUGCAUUUUUGAGAAAUCCUUUAAUCUCCCGUGGCAACCAAUCAGCUGUGCGGCUCAUCUGGCUGGACCUAGCCCCGCCUUCGAGGCGCAGCUCCUUCUCAGAGCUGCAGUUUCCAAGCUUCCCAGUUUCUGCCUAACAGCACCAUUCCUCUGUGAGUUCCCUUCAGCUCCUUCAGACUAGCCAGCAGCAAUUAGCAAGCACCUGAUGGAACUGCAUAUCUACUGAACUUAUUACACCAGCUACUUCCGACUCCCCUUAUGAAUGAAUGUGUGUGUAUGUAUAUAUAAACAACUGAGGUUAACAUAGAAACUUGAUUGUGCUGCAAAAUGGCACCAUGUGCCUGAGAAAUACAUAAUAAUACCUCUUUAAAUGUUUCUUUGACAAAAGAGGAAACGUUGCAGAAAGCUGCACAAGUGUUUCAGAUCUGCUCUAUUAGAUAAUCUGAGAGGAAACAAAUGAAAAGUUUGAUCUGUGUUGAUGAGAGAGAUUUUAUUUUUCCUCUUGCUUCUGUUUACCUGGAAACUUUCAUCUUGAGCUUCUUGUUUCUGUCAAUGACAUCAUCACAAGUUCAUCCAAACAAACCCUUCCUUCUCUUGCUCUCCUUCAGUCUGGAAUCUAUGAUGAUCAAAAUAAAGAUUAUUUUUGAUGCUU